UUUUAAUCCACCGGCCUUUCACUUUUCCGAGCGCCGGCCGGGCCUGCUCCGCAAGCGCUGGCCCGGGCAGUUCCGCCCCGGGGGAGCCCGGGCCGGCUCCCGCUGCGGGCGGCCACGGCCCUGCGGCUCAGCCGCGCCCCCCGUGCCCGGCACAUGGUACGUGCCGGCGCCCCCCGCGCGGCGGCGGUGGAGCGGCCCGGCGGCGGCGGCGAGGCCGGACUGACUUCCAUGAUGUUGAGAGGAGUCGCUCACGGUGCAAAAGACACGUUCACUCUUCUGUUGACAAGAUCUCAGAGCCGUAACCCAGGACCGAAGCUUUCAUCAGUGUGGCCUGACAUAACAAACAAAAGCUUCCUAAUACAUUCCAGUAACACAACUGAUACCAAGUCAAAAGAAGAAAAUAAAAAAACCCUUGAGAAUCUCUACAGUUUGUCAGUUGACAUAACGAAGAUACGCAGACUGAAGGAAUGGGUCCUUCUCCAGGAUGUGGCCUAUGUUAAAGAAAUUGCUGGUAUCUUACAGGAAAUGGGAGCAGACGAGACCACUGUAGCCAACAUUAUAGAACGCUGUCCGGAGGCAAUUCUUCACACCCCAGCAGAGAUAAACUCUCAAAGAGCUUUAUGGCAAUUAGUAUGCCAGAAUGAAAAACAGCUGAUUAAAUUAAUAGAGCAAUUUCCAGAAUCUUUUUUUACUACUGAGUAUCAGCAGAACCAGAAGGCAAACAUACUAUUUUUUCAAGAGCUGGGACUUAAGAAUAAUAUAAUCACCAGGUUCUUGACAAGUGCACCCAAUAUUUUCUAUAACCCUGUCGAGAAAAACAAAACUGUGAUAGAGACAUUACAAAGAAAUUAUUUAAAUUUAGGGGGUUCUGAAGCAAAUAUGAAGAUCUGGAUACUGAAGCUAUUGAGCCAAAAUCCAUUUAUUUUAUUAAAUACUUCCACCACAAUCCAGGAGAACUUGGAAUUUCUCCAAAAGAAUGAUUUCACUGACCAGGAAGUCCUACAGCUGCUAUCCAAACUUAAAGGCUUCAUUUUUCAACUUAAUUCUACCACUAUGCAGAAGAGUAUGCUUUUCUCCAAAAACACCUUCAAGUGCAGUGAUCAAGAACUAAAACAACUAGUGCUGAAAUGCCCAGCCCUUCUCUACUAUUCUGUUCCGGUUUUGGAAGAAAGACUUGAAGGACUACUGAAGGAAGGUAUUUCUAUAGCACAGAUUAGAGAGACACCAAUGGUGCUGGAGUUGACAACACAAAUCGUUCAGUACCGAAUUAAAAAGCUCUCUGCAUUAGGAUAUGAUAUAAAGAGUGGAAAUCUAGAAAGCUUGAAUGGUACUAAAAAAGAUUUUGAAGUUACUUAUGGUAAGAUACAAUCAAAGAAGGAGAGACCAAUUUUUAAUCCUGUUGCUCCUCUACACAUUGAAGAUUAAUUUGAAUGCUGUACUUCAAGUUAUGCGAAAGCAAAUUAAAAGGGAAGUUGGUUCUUCAAGAAGAGAUGGAAGAAAAGCAAUCUUAAUCAAGUCUGUAGUCUUACAAUGUACUUUGUCCAGGAGGGGGUCUUAGGCACAACUUCAGUGUACAAUUGUAGUAUUCUAAUGCUUUCAAAUAAUAUCAUAGAAGUUACAGUUAUGAUAAAGGUUGCCUUUUCCUAAGAGUACCUCAGAUGUGACAUUUUCUUACCUGAUGGGGCAUUAACUGCCUUAGAUUUUCAGCUCUGUCACUGCACAACACCACAGCCCAUGGUACUGAUUAGCACAAUUUUUAUCUGAGGAAGACAAAAGGAGGACUAGUAUUUUUCCAGCAGUGUUCAUCAAUCUGCUGGUUCACUGUCUUCAGGAAAUGCUCUUUGAGUUCUUUUCCUUAUUGCUGAAGUAGCUUUAGCUCCUGGAUCCUGACCUUCAACAAGACUUGAUUUCUUGGACAGGAAAGCCCUGUCCUAAGCACAGGGGUGGGACAUGAUGGUUUUGUAUUCAUUGACUGCUAUGGUAAGACUCCAGUAUGUUUGUGUACAAACCACAACGCAAAGAAGCCACAAGAUAACAACCUUUA